GGCAAAGUUGCGCUGAAAGAGGUUAACAUCUGAGGCAUAUGCCCUGACCCGGGUCUCCGUUUCUUCUCCUGAAAUUAGCUGCUGAUCUACAAAGAGCAGUCCUUUACCCUGCGGAAGACUCCUAGAAUACAAAAUGCCUGAACCUCUGCCAGGCCCCUCAUAGUCCAUCUUCAUUGCUGCGUCUGGGAUUGUGGAAACUGCUGAGACAUUUAUAGUUGGAAAUCAAAAUGGUGAAGGCGAAAGGGGCAAUGAUGCUGUAGUGGAUGUAGAUGGUGACGGUGAAGACAAAGGGGAUGAUGAUGAGGAUUGGUUAUUGUCGCAUGUUGAUCUCAGGACGUUCAGAAAGUUGUUGCCCAAGGUUAAGUCCGGCAUACCAGUCCCCCUAAAGUUGUUAAGCCGGCUGUGGAAGAAUUUACAGUUAAUCAUCCCAGUGCUGUGUGCUCCUGGUAAAAGCAAAAGAUGAAGACACUGAGUUUAGUUUCCAUUUAUAAGAGAACAGCGCAGAAUUACUUAUUAAAAUAAAUAAAAAUAGAUAGAAGAGGCUCUCCUCACCUGCUAGACAAGAUGAAACCACAAGAGAGAGAAAGUAGAGCUUAUGCCUAGGAUGAGCUUAUUUAUUACAGUAUUCUUUCUGGUUAAAGAAUCUCUUUCUAGUUGCUCUGGGCCAAUUAGGGAGGAAAUACGGGUUAUUACCAGGUAGAGUCUCUUGCAUCAUACAGUCACUAGUAACGGUUUCUUUGCAAUACUUGCUACUAUACUGUAUAGCUUUAGAAGCAUAUACUUGCUAUGCUAUUAUACUAUAGAAAGGUGCGCGGGAGAAUCAUAGUCAAAGCCUACGAAGGACCGUCAGUCUCCGGAUAACUACUAUUGCUUUUGCCAUACCUUGUAUGAGCUUUACCUCUUGCUAGCAAGUAAUCCCAAGCAACUAGCCCUGCCUCGGUUCCACCCCUGUAAGCAAGAAAGCUCUCCCAGCCAGGGGAUAUUUCUUAAGUAAGGAAGAUUCUGACGGGAAUUCUACUCUAUCUUAUCUGACUAGUCUGGCUUUGAAUCAUAUCCAUUAUAUGGCUAAAAUUGAGCAUUCUAUCGCAAGAAUAGCACUCCAUAGGUUAGUCACUGUUGGAAACUGGGGAGUUGGCUGAUAAAGAUGGACAGUAACGAUCGCGUAAUAUAAAUUCUUCGGCCUCGUCAUCGAAAGCGGCUUCCAAUUGCUCGGAAAUUCUAAGCUAUAUGGGGGACUUGGAUGGUGAGCAAAAACAAUUGAUCAAGAAGUUGGUCAACUUUCGCAUGAAAGAAGGUAAAAAAACAAGAGUUCGUGCUAUUGUUUAUAAGACUUUGCAUCGCCCCGGUCGAACUGAACGCGAUGUAAUCAAACUUAUGGUUGACGCCCUAGAGAAUAUAAAGCCCAUAUGCGAAGUGGAAAGAGUAGGAAGAGCAGGUACUAUUUAUGAUGUCCCUGGGAUUGUAGCCAGGGAUCGUCAACAAACCUUAGCUAUUCGUUGGACCCUUGAAGCAGCUUUCAAACGACGUAUAAGCUACAGGACAAGCUUAGAGCAAUGUUCAUUUGAUGAGAUACUGGAUGCUUACCGAAAGAGGGGAAUUGCACGUAAGAAAAGGGGGAAUCUUCAUAGACUGGCUUCCACCAAUCGAAGUAUCGCGCAUUUCAGAUGGUGGUAAAGUGAGACCACAAAAAGAGCUCUUCCGAAUGAUAAAGAAAAAAAGUGCUUAGUUUCGUUGGAAAAACCAACGCAAAUCUCAUAUUUACUUUAUAAAGCCGGAUAUAUAAAAGGUUGGAGAGAGUGACUUUAUGAAAUUAUAUUAUGUUAUGUAAGUAGCUAUGUAGUUAGUUAGUCUUUUUUUUCUAGUAAGCCUCUUCCCUGUGUAUUAGCCCCCCUCUUUUUAAAAAGGAAGCCCCAGCUCCCUAAGAGGGACCCUUCUCUGAUAAGGAAGGAAACAAAAGAAUCUCAAUUUUACGACAAAUCCGGUCCGAUGGCUGUUCUCCACUAACCACAAAGAUAUAGGGACUCUCUAUUUCAUCUUUGGUGCCAUUGCUGGAGUGAUGGGCACAUGCUUCUCAGUACUGAUUCGUAUGGAAUUAGCACGACCCGGCGAUCAAAUUCUUGGCGGGAAUCAUCAACUUUAUAAUGUUUUAAUAACGGCUCACGCCUUUUUAAUGAUCUUUUUUAUGGUUAUGCCGGCGAUGAUAGGUGGAUCUGGUAAUUGGUCUGUUCCGAUUCUGAUAGGUGCGCCUGACAUGGCAUUUCCACGAUUAAAUAAUAUUUCAUUCUGGUUGUUGCCACCAAGUCUCUUGCUCCUAUUAAGCCCAGCCUUAGUAGAAGUGGGUAGCGGCACUGGGUGGACGGUCUAUCCGCCCUUAAGUGGUAUUACCAGCCAUUCUGGAGGAGCAGUUGAUUCAGCAAUUUCUAGUCCUCAUCUAUCUGGUGUUUCAUCCAUUUUAGGUUCUAUCAACUUUAUAACAACUAUCUCCAACAUGCGUGGACCU